UUAAUAUGAAUAAUGGAGAUGAACCAACUCAGGUCCGCCAUGUCUCCUAACCUCUGUAAUAGUGUCUCCUUGACCGUCCGUCUUGAUAAUAUACAGUAGAUUGUCCACAAUGGCUACACUUUUCCAAAACAAUAAAUCGAAACAAUGCUGAUAAUUACAUUGUGAGGAUUUAUUGGGGGGCAAUUCUUCCAUGUAUCCAGCGGACAUCGACCAAAAUCCAUCGUCUCUCUCUCCGGUGAAGAGCGUACCGUCCUCUCUCUCUGGUGAAGAAGAUAGAGUCCUCACAACUGGGCGCCAACCAUUUUUCACGCUCAAGAAGAGACCUUAAUCUUCUUUCACCACUCAUAACUGCGUCUUACCAGAGUUCAAUAAUGAUAUCUUCACUUGGGUUUGGAUACCCUGUUGAGCUCAUCUCAAAGAGACGCCCAUUUUCCAUAAAACCAACCAUUUUGAGGCCAGACCGCAUCUCUCACAGCGGACGAGGGAGAAACACCUACAUUUCCAUAUUCAUGGAGGAAAGAGAAAGCACAAGAAAACCCAAUGCCAGUAGAAAUGGGGGCAGAGGAGCAGGGGGUCGAAUUGGUAAAGGGGCACCCUAUGGAACAUCGAGAAGGUCAAUUUUGAAGAAAUCGUUCUCCCAAGAGCAGGUUGUAUUCACGGCUCCUCUCUCAGAUGAACCCCAUGUGGCCAUUAUUGGGGCUGGGAUGGCUGGUCUCAUAUGCGCUCUUACUCUUGAAAAGCGAGGAAUUCAAUCGACUGUUUUUGACACAGGUAUACAUGGGUUGGGGGGGAGAAUGGGGACAAGAGUUAUAGAGCCUCAACCAUUGAUAUUUGAUCAUGCUGCCCAAUUUUUCACAGUGAGUGAUCCUCGAUUCAAAGAGUUGGUAGACGAUUGGAUAGGAAAGGGUCUGGUUCGAGAGUGGAAUGGCCUAAUCGGGACUCUAGAAGCAGGUGGGCACUUUGAUCCAAUUCCUUCAUCACCCCCAAGAUAUAUUGCCUCAAAUGGGAUGCGCCGGCUUGCUGAUUCUAUUCUUUCUGAGAGGCAUAUGAUCAAUGUGUUGAAUCCCUGCUGGAUAAGUAAACUAGAGCCAUUUAAUGGGAUGUGGGACCUCUUUGAGAAUGGGAAACCCCGUGGUCGUUUUGACACAAUUGUGAUAGCACACAAUGGAAAAUGUGCAAACCGCCUACUUUCUCUCUCUGGGUUGCCUCUAAUUGCCAGACAAAUGAAGAGGCUAGAGCUUAGUUCUAUAUGGGCUCUUCUUGCUGCAUUUGAAGAUCCUCUUCCCAUUCAGGAGGCUCCUUUUGAAGGAGCUUUUGUCAAAGGAGUUGAUACCCUAUCAUGGAUGGCGAACAACACAAGGAAACUCUUUCCUGCCCAAAAGCAUGGGCCUCACUGCUGGACCUUUUUCAGCACUGCUGCUUUUGGAAAAAGAAAUAAAGUUCCACAGGAAAAUGUUCCGAAUGUCACUGCAGAGAAAGUAAGGGAGGGUAUGCUUGGAGGUGUUGAAAUAGCUUUAGGAUUAUUAGAGGGAUCACUUCAACGCCCAUUUUACUCUCGGCUCCAGUUAUGGGGUGCAGCUCUUCCAACAAAUAGUCCAGGAAUCCCAUGCAUAUUUGACCCUCAAGGAAGAGCAGGAAUAUGUGGUGACUGGCUACUUGGAUCAAGUUUAGAGGCUGCAGCUUUGAGUGGCAUGGCACUAGCACAUCAUAUAGCGGAUUAUGUGGUAAGUGGGGGCGCACCGCCGGAUGAGUUUGCCAUUGGAUUACAUAGCGAGUUCCGACCCAUUGAUGGGCACGACAUUGGCCAAUUUCCUGGUUUGGAAUCUCAAGAGCACGUGGCCCCUGUGUCCCAAACAAGUAUAUGAUUUCAGGAAACGAGAGGUGUUUCGGUAGAAAGCAAAUUGGGACUCAGCGUUGGAGACUUGGCCCUAUAAUGUGUUAUAUCCUCUUUAAGAAAAAAGAAAACAACAUUUUUUUGAAAUGGUAUAGUUUAGAUGUGUUACUUCACCCUAUCAAAACAAUUCUUAGAUCCCUGCAUUGUCAUCCCAUUCA